AUGUUUCAUGAAAUGCCCAGCCAUAACAUUCCGCGUGGGGCAGCGCUGUUGAAUAUGGAUGCAAAUCUUUGGUUCCGGAAUUGGGCAUCAGGAAACGGGCAGAAGCUAUCGAAUGUGCAAAUGAAACGGCUUGUUACUCUAACAAGGAAGUGGAGAAGCAAUAUCUCAUCAGAAAAUUUGCGCGUUUGGACCUCAAAUCCUUCGGCUGAGUUCUGGGGAUUUGAACCGUUCCGUACGGAGAGCGCAUGGGUACGUGAAUGUUUAGAGAUCAAAGUCCCAACAUUUGAGGACCAUGACGAAAAAUUCGACGACUGUGAGAAAGCCUUGGUACGCCGUAGGGUUCUUCUUAUUAUUCUUUGUGAUAUUAUUCAAAGAGAAGUGGCUCGAUUGCGAGCGUCUUUCGAGGCCCAGCCACACAAGUUUCUUUCUACUGCUGCCAGAAAUAUUGUGGAACAAGCUUAUCCUGGGGAAUAUGAUAAGAAGCUAUAUGACAGAUGUAUCCAUCUUCAACGGUAUGGACAACGGUAUUUGUUACUGGCAAAAAGAGAGUUGGUAUUGACACCCCUGUAUGGUGCUUCGACUAAUUUUGAAAGGGCUAAGAUAGAAAAUGUUGAGGUGGAAGCGCUUGUUGCGUUUGCGGAAGCGAUCUAUGAUAAGAAAUAUCAAAGUGACCUGCAGAAGGCAUUUGAGUGCAUUCUGAAGACCUGUCCAUUUAGACAAUCUGGAAAUCUAAGGCCGCGGCUUCCAUCAAGUUCGACGCGAAAGCGCCUCCGCAAGAAGGCCAUGAGAGCUAAGAAUACAUGGAAACCUUCAGUGCCUUCGACUAUCUCUCACCAGAUUGGCUGCGACCCAUACUCAAUCCAAGGGCCGAAGCUCAAAAGGCAGAUCAAAUAA